AGGCAGACUCCUGUUCCUCGACGAAGAUCAUCUGUUUAAAGUUUCUACGGCUGCUCAAUGAUUUAAUCGUCUCUUAAAAGAUGAUACCAAGAAGGAAUUUCGUAUUGCUAAAGAUAAUUCUUCUAAUUACAGUUUUUACUUACUGCUCGGGGUUGAAAGUGUCAAUCCCAGAAAAGGAAUAUAAGGUCCACAAAGGAGAGGAUGUUACACUGACCUGUUCCUUCGUGCCGGCUAGGCCCAUCGAAAACAACUUUGUCCUGGCAUGGGACGUUAUUGGUACCCCAUCGAAAGCUGUGGCCACCUUCUUUAAGAAUAGUCCCGUUGACAUUGCUCCGGCUUAUGAAGGAAGAGCCUCCCUGGAGGUUGACGUUGAAGGGGGAGUAUCAACGCUCCAGUUAACAAAGGUGACCAUGGAAGACAGCCGCCUGUACCAGUGCAGCGUCAGAAUCCCCAAUGAUGAUGAAGGGACACCAAUUGCUUCUACUUCUGUUUUAGUCCUUGAACCUCCCUCUAAACCAAUAUGCACGCUCCAGGGAAAAGCAGAGUAUUACAGUGACAUCACACUUACCUGCAAAUCUGAGGAGGGUUCUCCAGCUCCGACCUAUCAGUGGGCAAGCUACAGUGUUGACAACAUUCAAAGACAAUUUCCACUAAAGACAACAGAGAAGGAUGGAGUUUUGUCUCUCUUUAAUAUCACAAGAGAGACGUCUGGAUUCUUUAUUUGCAUUUCACAAAACAACAUUGGCUCGGCCAGCUGCAACUUUACCUUAGCUGUGAUGCCUCCAAGUAUGGGUAUGGGGUCUACUGCAAUAAUAAUAGGAAUAGCAGUAGUUCUUGGUGCUCUUCUGCUUCUGGGGAUUAUCAUUUUCUGUUACCGAAAGAGAAAGAGUAAAAAAGAAGCUACUGUAGAGGGUGCGCAUGGGGAUAAGGUGUUUUAUGACAAAGAAGGUUCUGAAGUCGGAGAGCCAUACUUGGAUGACAAGUCCACUGGAAAAAAGCUGCCUAGUCAGUAUGAAGACAGCGAUAUAGCUUCUGAAAGAAAUUAUGUGAAGCAUGAUGGAAAAGGUAGUGAUACAGAUUCCCACCGUUACCAUGGUGAAAAGAAGGAUUACUCUCGUGGAAGCAGGGAUAACCUGGACAAUGAGCGGGAUCGCUAUGGAAGCCGGGAUCGCCUUGAUGACCGACGUGAUCACCACAGAAACCAGGAUCCUGAUGAUCAACGCAAUCGGUAUGGAAGUAGGGAUCGUCUUGAUGACCAACGCGAUCGUUACGGGAGCCGUGAUCGUCUUGAUGAUCAACAUGAUCGUUACAGAAGUCAGGAUCGUAAUGACCAUCGCGAUCGUUAUGGCAGUCGAGAUCGCCUUGAUGAUCAGCGCGGUCGCUAUGGUAGUAGAGAUCGGCUUGACGAUUACCACGAUCAGUACAGCGGUGGUAGAGACGUGUAUCAUGGUAGCCGUGAUCGCAUUGAUUACCGUGACGAUUAAUGCUGAAACAUAAAUAUGUUGAAUUCCUGGAAUACUAUAAAAAAAGAUCUUUCUUUCACAUCUAUCUUUCUAUAUAUAAUUCCUCUGAGAACUUCUCUGAGGAAGACUCAAAUUAAAAGUAUGCAUUAGCAGAGGCAAUCUACCUUUCUACAUUUCAUUCCCAUUUUAUGUCAUUUUUAUCAAUCCCAUGUAGAAGAAUGGAUCCUGGGGUUAAAGAAUGUCUUGAUGUCAAGUUGUUUUCUGUGU